CCAAAAUGGCGACUGAACUGCACAUGUUUGAAGUCGAUUCUCUUAUCGCGUAUUCCAUAAAAUAUUUGAGGAAUUACGCGGGCUCACGCUUCGAAACGCAAACCGUUGUCUUGAGCGUUUGUGUGAAGGAAGUCUCUGGGGAAAAAUAAAAAACAACCCAAAAAAUUGUAGCAGCGACAACAUGGAGCGGGCGAGCGAGCGAGAUUGGCUUAAUAACAGCACGCCGGCUCCAUACGAUCUCGGGACUCGUACUCGUCGGCAACCUUUGAAUGUGACAUCCCUUCGGCAAGGCGGGGAAUUAAAAGCCAUCAGCCAUGAAUUUUGUGAUGAAACAAGCGUUGGGAGGGGCCACCAAGGACAUGGGCAAGAUGCUGGGCGGCGAGGAGGAGAAAGACCCCGACGCCCAGAAGAAGGAGGAGGAGAGGCAAGAGGCGCUGAGGCAACAAGAGGAGGAGAGGAAGGCCAAGUACGCCAGGAUGGAGGCCGAGAGGGAAAACAUCCGGCAGGGCAUCAGGGACAAGUACGGGAUCAAGAAGAAGGAGGAGAAGGAGGCGGAGGCGGCGGCCGCCAUGGAGCAGGCCUCGGAGGGCAGCCUGACGCGGCCCAAGAAGGCGGUGCCCACCGGCUGCGGCGACGAGGAGGAGGAGGAGAGCAUCGUGGACACGGUGAUGAAGUUCAUCCCGGCGCCGCUCAUGGAUAUGUUCAACAAGAAGUAACGGCCUUUCGCAUACGAGCGCCUCCCUCCCUCCUCCGCCCUCCCCACGCUCUGCUCUUCUUCCACUGCUGCGACGCGACGUUACCUUGGU